UCCAAAGUAUAAACAUGGCGACCAUGGGAAAGUUGGGGAGUAUGCUGUGCAACCAGAAGACGAUUUUAAGACGGUUAAAUCUUCUUCCUCUUCUGCAGUCAUAUUCUGGGGCUGCUGGAAGUCUUGAAAAUACUCUUCAUGUUAAGGACCGGAUCGAAAAUACAAGACAAAGAGCACUUUUAGGUGGCGGACAACGCAGAAUCGAUACACAACAUAAAAAAGGCAAACUGACAGCGCGGGAACGUCUUCAGCUGUUGCUUGAUGCAGGUUCAUUUGUGGAGUAUGAUAUGUUUCUGGAGCAUAACUGUGCAGAUUUUGGAAUGGAGAAGGAAAAGUACCCAGGUGACAGUGUAGUGACAGGACGAGGCAGAAUCAAUGGACGAACUGUUUUUGUGUUCAGUCAGGAUUUUACCGUGUUUGGGGGAAGUUUGUCUGGAGCACAUGCCAAAAAGAUAUGCAAGAUUAUGGACCAAGCAAUGUUGGUGGGAGCACCAGUGAUUGGACUGAAUGAUUCAGGUGGAGCCAGGAUCCAGGAAGGAGUGGAGUCACUUGCAGGAUAUGCAGACAUUUUUUUACGUAAUGUGACAGCCUCUGGAGUAAUCCCACAGAUCUCUCUUAUCAUGGGUCCUUGUGCAGGUGGUGCAGUUUAUUCUCCAGCUCUGACGGAUUUCACUUUUAUGGUGAAAGAUACGUCAUACCUUUUCAUCACCGGACCUGAUGUUGUCAAGUCAGUCACUAAUGAAGAUGUCACACAGGAAGAACUUGGGGGUGCUAAGACUCACACAACCAUGUCAGGUGUGGCACACAAGGCCUUUCAAAAUGAUGUGGAUGCCUUGUUGCAGCUUCGGGAGUUCUUUAAUUUUCUACCUCUCAGCAACCAAGACCCUUCGCCAGUCCGCAAAUGUGAUGACCCAUGGGAUCGUUCUGUCCCAGGACUGGACACUGUUGUGCCUUUGGAAACAACUUCAGCUUAUGACAUGAAGGAUAUAGUGUUAGGUAUUGUUGAUAACCAGGAAUUUUUUGAGAUCAUGCCAAAUUAUGCCCGUAAUAUUAUAAUUGGAUUUGCUCGUAUGGAUGGACGUACUGUUGGCAUAGUUGGCAAUCAGCCCAAAGUUGCUGCAGGCUGUCUGGACAUCAACUCCUCUGUCAAAGGUGCACGGUUUGUGAGAUUUUGUGAUGCCUUCAACAUUCCUCUCAUCACAUUUGUUGAUGUCCCAGGGUUUCUUCCAGGAACUCAACAGGAAUAUGGUGGCAUCAUUAGACAUGGUGCUAAGCUUUUGUAUGCCUUUGCUGAGGCAACUGUACCUAAAAUUACAAUCAUUACACGCAAGGCAUAUGGCGGUGCUUAUGAUGUGAUGAGCUCCAAGCACUUGCGAGGGGAUAUCAACUAUGCCUGGCCAACAGCAGAGGUGGCUGUGAUGGGAGCCAAGGGAGCGGUGUCCAUCAUAUUUCGAGGCAGUGGCAAACAGGCAGAACAAGAAGCAGAAUAUGUUGACAAGUUUGCUAACCCAUUCCCAGCUGCUGUCAGAGGUUUUGUGGAUGAUAUCAUUGAGCCUCGUACAACACGAAUGAGAAUUAAUCGUGAUUUAGCAGUGUUGUCUUGCAAAAAGCAGACAAACCCAUGGAAGAAACAUGCAAAUAUUCCAUUGUAACUAUAAAGGAUUUUUAUUAUAUGGACUAUAAAAGACUGAUAUAAAAUGUCUGUAAAAGAUAUGCUGAUAAAAGAUAUUACUGAAAAAAGGGAAAGAAAUGGUCAAUUUAUUAAAAUGCUAACUGUUCCAACUCUAUGAUAAGUUUUUUUUAAAGAUGCUGAAAGCACUAGGUAGCACUUGUAGGAAGCAUAGCAGUUUCACUUGGAUGAAACUGAACUGGAAGCAGUGACUAUACACAAGGACUCUGUUUUCAUACAGACUGGAAGAAAUGCAAAGAUAGGAAGGCAAAAAGAUAUACUUUAUUCAGAUGUAUAUAGAAAAAUAUGUAUAGUGUGUAAAUGUGUAAAUUACAUACAUCUUGACAGAAAUGGACAGUAGCACAGACUCUGAGCCUGAAGAGCAUUUAUCUGGAUGAAAUGCUUCCUAGUAUGAAAGUCAAAAUGAAAAAAUGUCCAAUGAAAGCUGAAAUUAAUUUUGAAAAAUAAAAAAACAAGCUCUA